GACAGGACGUGAAAGAAGUGGUUAAUCACUGAUUGUCUCAAUUGAAUGCAUGACUUAAAUCACGUUAUAUUUGAUUGCAUUUUAUAUUUUGUUUGAUUUGAUUACCAAUUAUGACGAUAACUAAAGAUAUCAAUCAAAUCAAAAAUCUAUUGGAAAGAAUUGAUCACAAUUUGAAACAUAAGGACUCAUCCAAUGGCAGUAACCUUAAGGACGACCUCAAGACACUGCUAACUGUCCUCCAAUGUCCAGUGUUUGCCAGUAUUAUCGCUAUACAAGAAUCGAUCGAUGAGCUCAAAGAGCAGUUGUUAAGACACCCGUCGAUACUUCCGGUGGACUUUGACAUCUCUCCGCUGACGGGUCAGCUCAUGCUAACCGUGCCCUCAGACACAAACAAUUUGAUUGCUGCCAAUGAGGACUCGUAUGAGCCGAGCUCUGAUCCCGAACAGAGCUAUGAGUUUGAUUGUCGACCAGAACUGGUUGUCCGUCAAAACAAUCACUUAAACGAGAUGUGUGUUCAGCCCGAACCCGAUUAUGUCAAUAUAUCCGCUCAGUUGGGUCGGGUGUCAUAUCCGGCGUAUUCGCUGUCAACGAUGGGCACCGAUAACGCCGAAGGUUUGCUCAAAUGUCUGUCCGAAUCA